GCAGAGCAAAAUAAGGGCGGAGCGAGCCAUUAGCCGGCCACAUUAACAGGGCCGUCGCCGCGAGCAAUUGCCGCCGGGUUGGAGGGCCGCCGGGUUGCGGGCAGCCCCGGCAGUGGCCCAGGGACCCAUAUCAAGCCCCCCGCUGACGUAGGCUGCGCGGCCCGGAAGCGCGCCGCCGGAUAGGGAGCGCGGGGCGCGAAAGCCAGGGGGCGGAGAAACCAUCGACAGGAUGGUCGCCAUGGACUACGAGGGCCCCACCUUCGAGCCCCAGGCCCAGCCCUACGACCCGCAGCAGGGCUAUGGCUACGACCAGCCCGACGCGCGGCAACAAACCAAUUUCGACGGUCCCUACACGAACGCCGCCCCGCAGAAGAACCUGAGCGACCCCUACGGCUACGAGAGCGGCCUGGCGGGCGGCUUUGGGAGUGCCGAUGGCCUGCGGGAGAUGGACAGCGCGGUGGGUCUCGCUGCGGACGCGCCGGAGUUCGACUUCUCGCGGGCCCGGGCCACGUCCCAACAGAUGUACGACGAGCAGCAGCCGCCCGUCGCCGUCUCGCCGGAGGAGCCCCAAAGUCCGCCUUCGUCUACCGGAGUGGACCCGCGCCACUACAAGACGCGGUUGUGUGUUUACUUAGGUGGUGGAGGCUGCCCGCACGGCGCGCGGUGCUUCUUCGCCCAUUCGCAGGAGGAGCUGCGCCCGCCGGCGGCGGCGACUUGUGCUGAAUAUAAAACAAGACCCUGCCGCUACUCCCUUGCGGAGUGCCCGUUCGCGGCGGCCGGCCGGUGCCAAUUUGCUCAUAGUUUAGAUGAGUUGCGGCAAGGUCCUCCCAAUUUGGCCGCGGCCUCGCCGGAGCGGUUGUUGAGCGCUCGCCGCUUCAAGACGCGGCUCUGCAAGUACUUCAUGGCCGGGCACUGUCCCUACGCGGCCACGAACACGUGCCAGUUCGCGCACUCGAAUGACGAGCUGCGGGCGCCGCGCGACGCCGCGACGGCGUUCGGGUUUGCGCGUUCUGUUUCCGAUCCCGAGGCCGAGGCGGCGGCGCGGCGCGCGGCGCAGCAGCCGGCCGGGUUCUUUGCGGACGUGGGCGCCUCGCCCCAGGCCUGGCCGCCGCCGCGGCCGCCGCCCGGCGAGGCGCCGCCGCCCCAGAUUUCUCCCGCGGACGCUGCCGCGGCUGCGGCUGCUGCCGCUUCCUCGGGCGCGGCGCUGAGAGCGGCCUUGGAGCAGAAGCGCUUCACGAAGCUCUGCAAGUACUUUAUCGCCGGCCACUGCCCCUUCGAGGCGACGGGGACCUGUCAAUUUGCCCACUCCACGAGGGAGCUGCGCAAGCGGUCGCCGCCGCGGCCCGGGCCCAUGAUCCCGCCGCGCGUGCCGCCGCCGCCCAUCUCGACCUCUCCUGGAAUGCUGCCGCCGAAGUCGCUGACGCAGCACCCGGCGCCCUUCAACACGCAGCAGGUGCGCGACUACCCGGCCGGCAGUCCCUUCGGCUCGGCGCCGGCGCCGUCGCCCUUCGCGUCGGCGCAGUCGACGCCGGCCUACCCCGGCUCGGGCCAGUCGGCGCCGCGCGACUUCCCGUCGCGCGGCUCGUCUCCUAGGGUCAAUCAGGUGUCGUUUGGCUCUCCAGCUCCGAACAACUACUACGAGCCGUCUCCCCAAAACGCGAACCGCCCGAUGCCGUCCUGGGGCGGCGACCAGCCGCCGUCGAACCAAGGGUCGCCGGACCCCUGGGCCAACUCCAUCGACGCGCGCACGGGCGCGGCUUUUGAUACGGUGCGCCAGCUGGCCGAGCCGCCGCGCCGCCUCGGCGAGCCGCCUCUCCAGCGCUCUGAUUCUUUAAAUGGCGGCCUGCAGCCGUCCCUCGACCCGCCGGGCCUCGGCAGUCGCUCGAACUCCUUGCAGGGGCCGCCGCCGCCGGGCGUCGGCCUCAACAACUUCCAGCCGCCGGUGCCGCCGCCGCGCCAGCCGACGCCCGACGCGCAGAAGGAGCCGCGCCAGAUCGGGCUGGGCGGCGGCCUCGGUCUUGGUGGAGGCGCGCUCGGCGGUGGUCUCGGUGGCGGCGUCUUCGGCGCGACCUCGACCUGGUGAAGUUCUUUUUGAAUGGCGGUCAUGCUGGACCGCCUGUGUUUUGAAUUGUGCAUCACGCUCUCGCGGAAAAAAGUCUCCGCCUCGUGAACACGUGUCCCGAACACGCCCCUUCGUGCCCCCCUGAAACAAUGUUGCUUGCUGUUGUCAUGUCAAGCUAACACAACGCGCCCUCCCCCUGUGUCCCCCGGGCGUAAUAACUUAUGGUAAAAAA